AAUGUUGGCCAUCACUCUUCUGGCCCUUCUCUGUGCAUCAGCCUCGGCCAAUGCCAUUCAGGCUAGGGCCUCCUCCUACAAUGGAGAGUAUGGAGGCGGUGGAGGAGAGCGAUUCUCUCAUUCUGGCUACCAGCUGGAAGGCCCCAUCACCGCCAUCCGUGUCCGGGUCAACAGAUACUACAUCGUAGGUCUCCAGGUCCGCUACGGCAAGGUGUGGAGCGACUACGUGGGGGGCACCCAGGGAGACAUGGAGGAGAUCUUCCUACACCCUGGGGAGUCAGUGAUCCAGGUGUCUGGCAAGUACAAGUACUACCUGAGGAAGCUGGUCUUCGUGACUGACAAGGGCCGUUACCUGCCUUUUGGGAAGGACACAGGCACGAGUUUCAAUGCCGUCCCCCUGUACCCCAACACUGUACUCCGGUUCAUCAGUGGCCGCUCGGGUUCCCUCAUCAAUGCCAUUGGCUUGCACUGGGACGCCUACCCCAGUGACUGUAGCAGUUGCUGAACCCCAGGCUCGUCCCAGGCCGGGCACUGCAGUGGGAGUGGGAGAACAUCUUUACCACUAACCUCAUCCACAUGGCUCCAUAAAAAAAAAAAUAAAAGGACAUAGCUACC